AUGCAAUCAUAUGCUUCCGCUAUGUUCAUAGUACCGAACCCCAGUGAUUACAGUCCAGCCCAACAGCCACAGGAUGGCCUGGACUUCGGAAAAAACUCCUCCUUCCUUUGGAUCGAACAACCUAGCCUAAAUUAUCAGUAUGAAAGGAGAGGCAAUGGUAAAGAGACGCAGGACCGGGUCAAGCGACCCUUGAAUGCUUUCAUGGUGUGGUCUCGCGACCAGCGGCGCAAGAUGGCUCUAGAGAACCCCAGCAUGCUAAACUCAGAAAUCAGCAAGCGACUGGGAUACCGAUGGAAAAUGCUUACAGACGCCGAAAAAUGGCCAUUCUUCCAGGAGGCCCAGAGACUACAGGCCAUGCACAGAGAGAAAUACCCCAAUUACAAGUACCGGCCUCGCAGGAAGGUUAAGAUGCAAAGGAGGAUUGUCAGUUCGCUGCCCGAAGAGCUCCCUUUUAAAAUUGUGCAGUCAGAGGUACGUGGACGAGAGGCUGCACACCUUCCGGUAUCCGGAACGCGGUUAGGAAACCCCACAUUCACGAAAGCAGAACCAGCGAACCCAUUCAAAGCCCACUCAGUAAGCCGGCAGCCGCUACGGCUGCUAGAACCAGAGCAUCGCAGCACUUCCAAAAACCCGGAGUGA